AUGGCGGAGGGCAGAGCCCGGGAUGGCGGGGUAGCAGAGAGCCUCCUGCAGUGGGCUCUGCAGAAAGGAGGGACCGCAACGGUGGUCCCAGAGCACCGGGAAGGGGCCCGGCUGCCAUCGCGCUGCGAGUGCCGGGACGGUCACGGGCUGUCUGAACCGACUGUGGCAGUGUGUCCGAAGCCACUGUCGCGAUGUGUCGGGACCGAGCGCUGCCAGGUUCAUCCAAAGAGCCGCCAGCCAGGGGAGCCGUGGCCACAGCAGCCAGUGACAGCCAGUCCACAUGGCUGGGGACAGCGGGAUGGCCGGGAAGCUCAGACCCUCAGCCUCACUGGUGCCCAGACCCACCAGAUCCUCGUGGAGCCACCCUGGAGGCCAGCAGUGCUGUGGGACCAGGUGACACUGACCUGCCAGGGCUCGGGGACCGCUGGUGCCACCCCCUGGUACAAGGACGGGCAGCGAUGGUGGCCGGACGGACCAGACCACUUCACUGUCACCGAGAGUGGCACCUACCAGUGUGACAGACACAGCACUGGGCUCAGCCCCUCUGUGACUGUCUUAAAUGACCGGCUGGUGCUGCAGGUGACAGCACAUGCGCUGCUGGAGGGGGACACAGUGACACUGCGCUGCCGGGGCCGGCGUGAUAAUCCUGUCACUGAGGUGCGAUUUUUCCAGGAUGAGAAGGAUCUGACGGGGUCCCUCAGGGGGACCGAGCUGUCCCUGACCCCUCUACAGCUGAACCAGAGCGGCCGCUACCACUGCGAGGGCUGGGUGAGCUCACAUGGGUCACAGUCAUCAGCAGUGGCAGUGACAGUGCAUGAGCUCUUCUCAGUGCCAGUGCUGGAGGGUACCCCCGAGCCCACCGAGGGGUCACCCCUGAAUCUCAGCUGCCUCAGCACCCCCAGCCCCCUGCGGCCCCGAGCCCCCCUCCUGCACAUGUUCUACCGGGACGGGCAAGUGGUGGGGGGCCCCCAGGGGUCCCCACACCUGCUGGUGCCUGCCGUGGGGGUCUCCCACUCAGGGAAUUACAGCUGCGAGGUGCGCUCCAAGGGGGGGACCGUGCGGAAGAGCAGCGCCCGAAUCCGCGUCACGGUGCGCAGGGUCCCACUCUUGGGUGUGUCCCUGUGAGUGCAGCCCCCUGUGGGACAGGUGGCACUGGGGGACAGCCUGCUGCUGAGGUCCGUGGUGGCCAUGGGGACAGGUCCCUGGUCCUCCUCCUGGCACCGGGAGGGCUCGGGGGCACCACUGGGGGCCAGCCCCCACAUGGAGCUGCCCCACGUUGGGGACAAUGACAGCAGCCAGUACUGGUGCUGGAUCAGCGACAGGGACGGUGUGGAUGAGAGUGACCCCCUGAAUGUCACCGUCCUAGUGCCCGUGGCCAAUGCCACCAUCAGCCCCGGUCCCCUGGCACACCAGGUGCGUGCAGGUGACACCGUGACCCUGCAGUGCUCAGUGCAGGUGGGCUCAGCCCCUGUCACCUUCACCUGGCUGCACAACGGGCAGGAGGUGGCCCACGGUCCCCUCCUGGAGCUCAGGGACAUCGAUGUGGGACAUUCGGGCUCCUACCAGUGCGUGGCCACCAACCAGCUGGGACAGGACGGGCACCACCUGUUCCGGGCACUCAGCCCAGAGCUGGCCCUGGAGGUGACACCUGACUCACCCUGGCUCACAGCAGUGGCUGUGAAUGUCUGCAGGACCCUCUUGUUCCUGCUCCUGCUCCUGGCUGUCGUUAUGGGCAGUCACUGGUGGCACCAGCGGCGUGGCUGCCAGGAAGCCCCAGGACAGGAUCCACGAGUGACCAACGCAGAGCUGUUGGGACCCUACAAGGGACAGCGGGACCUCCGUGACUAUGAGAACGUGUCGUGA